AUGAGUUCUAGCUCGGAGACGUCGGUGAUAAUCGGUGAUCGUGGAUUGCCCUCGAAGUGUGUAUGUGGUGAAAGGGUAUUGAAAUUUACAUCAAAAACUCAAGAUAAUCCUGGCCGACCGUUCUUCCGUUGCAUCAGCAAACGAGAUGCAAGCUCAUGGACAAGCAAGAGAGAUGGUCACUUAUUUAAGUGGGUGGAGGAUGCUAUCUAUGAGGAUAUUGAAGAUGCAUUACCAAAACUAGGAAUUAUGGCAAACGAGAUUGUUAAAGCCAAAGCUGAGAUAAAUGAGCUCAAUGUUGCUAUGCAAGAGUUGAAGGAUGAUGCAAUGCAAAGGAAAAGAGACAUAUGCAAGUUUAAACUGUUGUGGAAAAUGUGUUUUCUGUGGCUUUGUGUAAUAACAAUUUUCAUUGUUUACCUUAUGGUUGGUAAUGUAAAACAACCCAAGUUUGUUCUCGGUUAUUAG